AUUACUACUACUGCAUGGACCGGUGCAGCAGCAGUAGCAGCAACACUGAGACGCUCCUUGGGUCGCACACAGACGCAAAGCAAAACCAAAAGAGGAGCUGACGCGCAGACACCGAACUGUGAUUUAUUGGACUGAUCUUUUUUAUUUUUAUUUUUUAUUUUUAAUCCAUCCUCUCUUUUGGGAAUCAAAUAUCACUUGCUCAAACAUUAGGGGGGUCUAUUAUAGGGGGGUCUGGUAUUGUGUAUCCCCCCCAUCUUUCUUGGAGUUUGUUACUCGGACUCACCUUGCAGGCACAUUUUUGAAGCAGGACGUAUUUAACGUUGGCACAAUGGUCAGGUAAACGAGAGAGGGAGCAGCGUUUUGUUUUUUUUGUGUGAAGGAAAUCGAAAAUCACUCAUUUUGUCAGUGAAUUGAGAUAAACAAAAGCUGGAUCCGCAGCCACAUCUUCCUCGGCAAUAAAAUUAUCCUGUUGAUUUUUUUUUUCGUGCGCUCCAAACCAGCUUGGUGACUCUUUACAGUGUGGUUUUGCCCGUGGGGGGCUCAAGGAAAGGUUAAGACGUUUUUUCCCCCCAAGCCUCCUGAGUACUUGUAAACAAAUAGCAAAUUAGAGGUUUCAACUAUAUUUUGUAGAGAAGCCUAUAGCGUUAACAGGAUUUGGGAAGGUGCCAAAGUGCGGUGCUUUUUAAAAAAAAAAAUUUUUAAAUCGUGCAAAGUGCAGAAUUGAGGAUUAGCUUUUACCUACUUGGCUCAUCUUAUCUAAAGAUUUGCUGUAAACUUGUUAACCUUAUCUUAAACUUUCAGAUUUAUAUACUUUGCUGCUAUUCUUUAUCUCUGUAUACAGGACACUUGGUUUUUGAGUUAUUUUUAAUUAAUUGGCCGUAUUGGAAUGCACUGAUAAAUUAUAUAUUUUUUUGAUAUACCAGAUUAAGAGAAGAAAGACAAAUAUAAUCCACUGUUUUAUUCCUGAGGAAAUGUGCGCAAAUAAUUUAGUGUGAGACAUCUUGCAAAAAAAAAAAUAAAAAAUAAAAAAAAAAUUAUACACUACUACAAAACCCUUAACCUUGAGGGGAAAAAUGUUGUUGAUCAGACUACUGCCUAUUUUCCUCGUCGUCAUCACAAACACGUUGCUGCUCAGCCCGGUUCGCUCGGAUGCCCUCAGCCGGCACAAGCGCGCCUUGGCCCGGCGGGCAGACAGCGAGCUGUCCAGGACAGCAGCAGGUGAACCCUGCUUCGUGUCACCGUCCCGGCGGCAGCCCCGCGCUCUCUUCCCGACGCAACACCGCCCCCCAGCGGCCCCGUCAAGGACGCCCACGAGUCGGCGAGCGCCCUUCGCCGUCAAAGGUGCUCCGGAGGUUUGUCCCGGUGGGUGCGGGCUUGACACCGGGCUGCGAGAGGUCGCUCCCGCGGGGAGAGACGCAGGAGGUAGGGGUGACACCGAAGACCCGGCGGACGGAGCGGGUGGAUAUCCAACAGUGCUCGAGUGGUUUCAUGAAAACGACUUUGGAAACGACGAAAGGGAGUCAAAUUAUGGCGGCGAAGAUGCCCAACACCCGCCCGGGAGGUCCGCUGGCAGAGACACCGAAGAGAGAGCUGCACGCGGCUCUCGCUCCAGGGUUCCCCGCAGCCUCGAGGCGACUCCUCGCUCCGAGAAGGAGAACAACUCCAGGUGGGAGAAAGUUCCGCCCGAGAGCUCCGCGGCUCACGGCGGCUUCCAGCUCCGCAGCGGACUGGGGCAAGGCGGCGGAGAUGGAGACAACCGGUCCCCCGCGGCGGCUCCGGUGGGUGCCGUCGCUACGGAGGACUACUCCGGGGAGGUGGAGGACGCGGACUCUGCGCUCAGCAGCUGGGGGACCCCCUUGCCGAGAGUGCCCCCUUCCUGGAUGACAGCGCUGUACUUCAGCGGGCGCAAGGAGCAGCUGAGGGUGAAACUGGCCGAGGGAGUGGCGCUGCCGCGGGACAAGUUCAGCGUGGAGCUGUGGGUGAAGCCAGAAGGCGGGCAGAGCAACCCGGCGGUCAUUGCAGGCGUGUUUGACAACUGCUCCCAUUCAGUGAGUGAGAAGGGCUGGUCGGUUGGCAUUCGCACCGUGGAACCAGCGGGCACCAAAGACGCGCGGUUCUACUUCACGCUUCGCACAGACCGAGCUGUGAAAUCCACCACCGUCUACAGCCACCACCGGUACCGUGCUAAUGUCUGGACUCACCUGAUGGCCACCUACAAUGGUUACAACAUGACGCUGUAUGUUGAUGGAGCCAAGAUGGGAGAAAGUAGCCUCCAGUCUGGGAACCUGCACAGUCCUUUUAUGCAGACCUGCAGAACUCUCUUUCUUGGCAACAAGCAAUCUGAUCUGGGCCAGAGCUUUAGGGGCCACAUUGGCGGAGUGGUCCUGUGGGGUUAUGCUCGCUCUCAUGAGGACCUACUGAAGCCACCACUUCAAAUCGACUUGAACGAGCCAGUUUUGGCAAUGUGGGCGGAUUUCACCAACGUGGAACGGCUGUGGACGCCAUACAAAACUGCCCUUCAUCCAACUGUGAUCACCACUCCUGUACCAGAACAAGAACUUGUCUCAUCCUUCCUGCCGCCACCAUGUGGCCUCACGCAGUGCGACAACACAGACAUCAUCUCGGGCUACAACGACAACUGGCAGCUGCGUACCCCCAAACGCAUUCGCUACCGGAUUGUCAACCUUUCGGAUGACGACGGUGGGAAUCCAACGGUGACACCAGCCCAGAUCCAGGUCCAGCACCACGCUCUAAAUGAGGCGUUUCGCCCUUACAACAUCACCCUGGAGCUGAGCGUCCACACUGCGAAAAACUCCAGCCUUCGACAGAGAUUCAUCCUCAGCAACUGUCGGAUUGGCAAGAUCGGCAACCGGCAGUGCGACCCCGAGUGUGACCACCCAAGGACGGGCCAUGAUGGGGGCGACUGCCUCAUGCUAGGGCACUGUUAUAACUGGAAAAGGCAGGAUGGGGUUUGUGACAUGGAGUGCAACACCAUACACUAUGAUUAUGAUGACGGAGACUGCUGUGAUCCAGACGUCACAGAUGUCCUUAAGACCUGCUUUGACCCUGAAUCUCCUGACAGGGCUUAUAUGAGUGUGAAAGAACUAAAGGAUGAAUUAAAGCUGAGCGGCAGCGACACACUCAAUGUGUUUUUUGCCAGCAACUCGGUGCGAGAAGAACUGGCAGGAGCAGCAACGUGGCCGUGGGCAAAGGAGGCUCUUACACACCAAGGUGGAAUGGUUCUCAACCCAUCCUACUUUGGUACAACAGGGCAUAAAAACACAAUGAUCCAUGAAAUGGGGCACAUAUUUGGGUUGUACCAUGUCUUCAAGGGGGUGAGUGAGCGGGACUCCUGUGACGACCCAUGUCAGGAGACAACCCCAUCAAUGGAGACAGGAGAUCUGUGUGCCGACACUGCACCGACCACCAAAUCCAAAGCCUGCCAUGACCCCGACGCUGUCAACGAUACAUGCGGAUUCACCAUUUACCUUAACACGCCUUACAGCAAUUACAUGAGUUACACAGACGACAACUGCACCAACCACUUUACUCCCAAUCAGGUAGCCAGAAUGCAUUGUUAUCUUGAUCUGGUCUACCAGAAGUGGAUGACGGACAGUCGGCCUGCCCCUGUCCCGCUUCCCCCGAUAGUGACUGGCCAAAGCACCAACUCGGUUUCUAUUUAUUGGCUCCCACCCAUGAGAGGGUCACUUUUUCAGAGCUCCCAAUUUCAUGUGUCUGGCAUCGACUGUGGAGACUGCGAGAAAGAUGGUGUCUUCCACCAGUACGCCUUUCAGGCCUCCUCACCUCGUAUCUGCGACACAUCAGGCUACUGGACACCUGAGGAGGCAGUGGGGCCGCCUGAUGUGGAACAAGCCUGUGAAGCCAGUCUCCAGGCCUGGAGUCCUGAGCUCAGUCACUAUGACACCAACGUGACGUCCCCGUGCCCCGAAACUGAGGGCUGCACCCUCACAUUGCGAUUCCUGCACCCUGUCAUUCCACACAGACUCACACUCUGGGUGACGCACAUCUCUGCAAACAACCCUGCCAUAGCCAACAUUGAGCUGAUUGCCGCUGCAGGCGACAUCAUUAACCUGGGACCACAAAAUGUCUUCUGUGACAUACCCCUGACAUUGCGUCUGGACACCAACAGCGUGGCGAUAUCUGCCAUCAAACUCUGCACCUUUGAUGAGAAAAUGGAGAUCGACGCCGCCAUGUUGUCUUCAGGCCCCGGCAGCCCUCUUUGCUCCGGCUGCCAACCCGUGCUGUACCGAGUUCAGCGUCAGCCGCCAUUUACCAGCAAAUCCCCUCCACCUCAGAUGGCGCAAACGUUCACUGACAGCUCUGUUAUUCAAGGAGUGAAGUACCAGUACACAAUCCAGGUGGAAACAGGCCGUCUCCACAGCUUACCCUCUCCGCCUCUUGUCUAUACACAUGGACAGACCUACUGUGGGGAUGGUGUCAUAAAGGGGACAGAGGAGUGUGACGACAGCAAUCUGUUAGAUGGUGAUGGCUGCUCUAAGAAAUGCCACAAAGAGAUGGGCUUCAAUUGUCAUGGUGAACCUAGUCAGUGUUAUGUCUUUGACGGUGAUGGUGUAUGUGAAGAAUUUGAGCGGGGUUCAAGCGUGCAAGACUGUGGCUACUUCACACCUUUGGGCUACACAGAUCAGUGGGCAUCCAGUGCCUCUGCUUCCCACCAGGACCCCAACCUCUGCCCUGCCCAAGCUGCAACAGGGGAGCCAUCCCUUCCCAAGCUUUGUAGUUUUCAGCACCUGGAGGUGAGCAACGUCCACACUGAUGCCUGGUUCCCAUGCACGGCCCAGUCUGACACAAAUAAUGGCCUGGAACAUUCUUACUGGAUAAAGGUGGGGUUCCUCCAUCCUGGUGUGGCAGCAUCUGUGAUGGUUUACCUGGCCUCUGAUGGCUCGUGGUCUGGGGAGCCAAGGAGGAGGACGGUCACCAUCCUCCUAUCUGACGCUAAUGGCAAGAAUCACUCACUAGGCACACACGUCCUCUCAUGCUAUCGAAACCCACUGGUGGUGAAUGUGACCCACGAUCUCUCUCAGCCCUUCUUCCUCACAUCCUCUGUCAUCCUCCUCUUCUCCUCCCCCUCUGUGGCAGUGAGAGCGGUGGCUCUGAGGACCUCCUGCCACUUCAGCACCUUCGCCCUGACCGGUUGCCUGCAGCAGCCUUGUCAGAUUGACAGCUGCAGUCGUCCGCAGAUAAAGCACGCCUCCAUCAGUUGUAAAGGAGAAGGGGAAGCCUCCCUUUGCUCUGUGAAGUGUCACCGUGGUUACAGUAUCACUGUCCUCAAUGGCCGGGGGACUCCACCACAUCAGAGAACAAUAGAGUUGGAGUGUUUCCACGGUUCAUGGGAUCGUGUUGUCAGCUGUGAGCCUGUGGACUGCGGCCUUCCUGAUCAGUCUCAUAUUUAUCAUGCUAUAUUCAGCUGCCCUUGGGGAACCACCUUUGCAAAACAAUGUUCCUUCACCUGUGGACCCCCGGCCAUAUUGCAAGGUGACAGUGACAGGUUGGUGUGUUUGGAAGAUGGGCUGUGGUCUUUCCCUGAGGCCUACUGCAAGAUCGAGUGCCCAGAAGCUCCGAACAUUCCCAGUGCCAGACUGCUCACAGCAGAUUGCCUGGCUUCAGGGCACGAUGUCGGGUCCUUCUGCCGCUACAGAUGCAGCCCAGGCUUCUACGUGGUGGGGAGUCUUAAAAAGAAGAAACCAAGGAAAUACUUCAAGUUGGAGUGCCUGGAGGACGGGCAAUGGGGGGAAAAUGCCUGCGAGCCUAUUUCCUGCCCAGCCCUGCCGGACGUGUUCCAGGGCAUGUACACCUGCACCAAUGGCCUACUCUACAACACCCGCUGCACCCUGCAGUGCCCAGACGCCACAGAAAAUAGUGAAAUUCGCUGCACUAAGGAUGGAAAAUGGACAGCAGAGUUUACUAUGUGCUCCACACUCCAGGGUUCAUGCUCUGCUCCUUCCAAUCUCAACUAUGUUGAGUACAGCUGCGACCAGGCGAUGAAGAUUGGUGAUGUGUGCUACCCAACGUGUGUUGUCGCUCUGAACAUGGAUCUGCAUGACCCGGUGGUUCUACCCAAUGGAACUACACCCAGCACUCUGAAGCACUGGAUGCGGCCCACCACAGUACAGAGCAUAAUCUGCACCGGGAUGAUGAAGUGGUAUCCUGACCCUGAAAACAUCCACUGUAUCCAGUCAUGUGAGCCUUUUGGAGGCGACGGCUGGUGUGACACCAUCAACAACAGGGCCUACUGCCAGUAUGACGGAGGGGACUGCUGCCCGUCCACGCUCUCCACCAGAAAGGUCAUCCAGUUUGGAGCCGACUGCAGUGAGGACGAGUGCACUUGCCGUGAUCCAGACGCCGAAGAGAACAAAAGCAAAGUGAAACCCUUGGACUGAUGAUGUGGAGCUGGAAGAGGAAUGCAAUAAGAUGUAGAGAUGAAAGGAAGCUGAACACGCUUAAGCAAAAGUCGAACCACAUCACAUCACCACAACAAGUAAAAAAUAUCAGAUGUGUAGCAUUUUAAUACAGAUUUCAACUAAUGUCAGACUUUAAAUGGUAAAAGGCCAUUUAGAUUUCAUUACCAGACACUUUAUUGCUAAACUGCCUCCAACGAGUCAUUCCAUCAAAAUGACGUCCACACACGAUAAAUCGCUUUGUUCCGAGCUCAGACGUAAAAGGUUAUCUUCAGUGGAAGAUUGGAAGAGGUUGUUUUGGAAGUCGAAGCCUAACGCACUGCAGUUCUUCUCCAGAAAUAAAGUCAUCGCAAUUGGAUCAAAUCACUGUUCUGAAUGAGCUCAAGUCCCAUUCUGGAUCUAAUCAGAGUUGUCCUCGUGGCUGAAGGCUACCAUGUAUAGACUAACAUGUAUAUACCAUAUAUCUGCAACAUCCAGUAUAUCCACAAGGCCACCUAUUAGUCGAACAGGUCAUUACAAUAUUUAUAUCACAGUUCACGUUGUGUUAUUGUGCUACUGUAUCAUGCAGCCAAAGCAGCAGUGCAUGGAAGUGUAUUUAGUUGCUCAAAUAUGACAGUUACUCUUAAGUCUGAAUGAGCAUGGUGUAAUUUCCAAUAUUGACUGUAAACACAUUUAUUACCCUCUCUAUAUCAGCACCACUGAAACAAAUCUGCACAGACGGUAAAGCUGAAGUGUAGGAAGACAGUUCAUUCACUCAGCACAGAACAGAGACAGGUUCUGGUGUCAGUAAACCGGUAUGACCAAAUAACACAUCAGUACAUAGUAUCAAUAAAAGUAUAUUGUGAUAUUUUACUGUACUUUGUACUCUAUAUAAUAAAUUCCAACUUUAAAUAGA